UAAUUCGUACAGAUUCUUACAAUCAACUUGAUUUUAACAUUAUGAGUUAUGAGAACACUUUUAUUAAAUUGAACUAAAUUAGAUCUUUGGGUCACGACAGUACAACGUGUAACCUUAAUAUGGAGAAACGCUAAGUUCGCUUUCUUGCUGAUAACAAACGACAUAUUUAUGAGGAUUUAUGAUGUCACCUCGCUCACGCUGGAUAUAUAUAUUGUCUCGCCCAGGGGCACAAGAAUUGGAGAAAUGGCUAACCAAUACACUAUUGACCAGUGCGACUUUUCGUAGGGCAUCUAUUUGGUUCCAUAGCAUUAUGCAACGUCGCAAAAGAUAAUUGCGAUCGUUCUGCACGCCUUAGGUGAAAUAGUUGUGGAUGAGUGUCUAAUGUCUCAUUUUACUAUAAAAUGCUGAUUUGGCAAAGAAUGUUGUAUAGCUGUCGGUAAGUGCUUUAUACUACAUGUAGGUAUUCUUGUUUAUUUUAUGGGUUCAACUCGACAAGCUUACAACAUGAAGUUACAAUGUCGCAUUACAAGCGGGUGAAUACGAAAUCUUUAGUUAAGAAGUUUAAGAAAGCGUCAAACAAACUGGAUAAAAGCAAUACUACAUGUACCUCGGGGUCAUCAGAUCAACCUUUUCUGACGCUCCCUCGUGACGGGAGGCCGUUACGAUGCACCGACGAUCAAUGGUUAUAUCUACCUACCAUGCGCGAAAUCGAUAUAUUUCGUAAAUCAAAAAUAUUAAAUGAGAAACCAAUAUUAUUGGAAAAUAACAUUGUUGUACGAUUAGUGGACCUACAUAAUACCGUUACAUCACCGGUGGGAAAUUCUGUAUUCUACGGUGAAUAUGGACUAAGAGGAAAUGAGUUACUCCGCAUUUUAAUUUUGGGAACGUCGGUUUGCACUGUGUUGUGUUUUUUAGGAUACUGGCAAUUAAAUCGUAGAGCUUGGAAAAUUGACAUACUAAAUUACCGUACAAUGGCGCUGGGACAACCUUUGGUAAAGUUAUCCUCAUUUUCAGAUCUUGAGUCAAUAUUAUAUGAUAGUAAUGCAGGUCAAAGCACAGUUGCAUAUCGUUGUGUAGAGUGUACGGGGAUAUUGGACAGCAGUGAAACCAUGUUAGUUGGACCACGUUCAUCACUGUUUGAAUCGUAUGGAAAUCCUGCAGGGUUUUACGUCAUAAUGCCUUUGCGGUUCAGAGACGGUUCAUCUGUGUUGGUGAAUCUUGGAUGGUUGGAAAAGGAUACUGUGUUGCAGCAUCAGACCUCACCCGAAAUGGUAACAUUACGUGGCGUCAUUGUCACAGGAGAAAUGGACGAAUCUAUUAAAGCAUCUAUCAAGGUCUACAUUGCCGACUUAUAUCGCAAAAUAUGUUCAAAAUUUGGGUACCAAACGUCUCCAGCAGUGAUAUCAGUAAACCAUCCAAUGCGUCUGCUCUCUGAUGACGGACGACCAGUUUUCAGAUAUUUGGACCCUUUUAGUAUGUCCAAAUAUAUUGACACUGAAAGCCGCAACAUGACGGAACGUUAUAUGUUGAAUGCCUAUGACAUAUUGCAUCACGACGAUGCUAAACUAAAAGAGGAAGAUUCGCAAAGUGCAAUGGACUACAGAUUUAAGGCAAAAACAGCUGUGGGAAAAAAUACUAAUUCUCAUGAACCCCGUUAUCAAAGACGUCAAAAAUCAGACUACCUGCUGUUUUAUGCCGAUCCGGAUACUCAUACAAACUAUGCCUAUCAGUGGUUUUUGAUGGCCGGAUCUAUUGCAUCCUUAUGCAUUUACAAGCUCCUCCGAGUUAAGACAAAAUUAAAAUUGCUAAUAUAGAUAAUCAGACGGUUACAAUUU